GAGACAGAGGCGGAUCUCAGUGCGUUACAGUGUCCGUCCAGCCGAUCGGAGGAUGGAGGACGAGCCGCAGGAGACCCUGGAAUAACGGAGGGUCUUUACUUUACAUGGAACCUGUUUGUUUUCCUCAAAAAGUGGCUUUUAUGUUGAAACUCUGCAUGAGAAAAUGCCAUUUGCCAAACGGAUCGUGGAGCCCCAGUUGUUGUGCCGACGCACGGACACAGAUGAGGAGGGUUUACAGUUCCAGGACCUGUGCGCCAUCAGUAAUGUGGCUCUGUCUCGGACCCUGCGCCAGCUGUCCGACCUGGCCAAACACGCCUGUUCGCUCUUCCAGGACCUGGAGCACGAGUUGGUCUUCACGAACCGGCGCGUUUGGGCGCUCCGCGAUAAAAUAAACAGGAUCCAAGCGACCACCGAGGCGCUCGACCCCAAACAGGAGGCAGUGCCCUUGUCUAAUCUGGACAUUGAGAGUAAGCUGAUUGGACAUUAUCAGGCUCCAUGGCACCUGCAGAGAAAUGUGUUCCUGCCGUCGACCCGACCCACAUGCGUGGAAGAGCUGCAUCGGAACGCCAAACAGAGUCUGCGGGCACUGUACAGAGAUCAGCAGCAGAGACAGGAAGCCAGUGAGAGAGAGCGGAGGGUGACGAUCUCCAUCUCCAUGGCUCCACCAGUGCCCACCUACCCAUCACCACGCACGCUCAGGAGACGAGAACAGAGAGAGAGACAUCUGACAACGGAAAGGACUGGGAGGGACAUAGAAACACAGACAACACAAACACAGUUUCAAAGCACCCGGUCCUCCCCUACAGAAUGUUGUCAUUUCUCUCCAUGGAGCAGAAAGGUUACCCCUCCAGUCGAGUCAGAUUCAGAGGUGGUGGGUCUGGGCCACUGGCCAAAGUGCCCAAUCCCAAACGUGCCCUCAACGCUGGACAAGCAGACCAAUUGGCCUGGAGUCUUGCCAUUGCCCACUCCAGAGGAGAAGAUGCAGACCAACUCUCAAGUCGUCACCUCGUGCAUCGUUCCCAUUAAUGUAACAGGGGUUGGGUUCGACAGAGAAGCCAGUGUGCGAUGCUCACUAGUCCACUCGCAGUCCGUGCUUCAAAGGCGGAGGAAGCUAAGGAGAAGGAAAACCAUCACUGGCAUUCCCAGACGAGUCCAACAGGAUUUGGACUCCGACGAGUCUCCAGUGACCAGAGAACGUACAGUGAUAGUCCACACCAACCCUGAUAUUUGCCAAGGGGAUACACUUUCUCAUCUCAACACCAAGGACUCUGGCUGCCAGACAGAGGUAUUCAUAAUUGCUGGAGCUGCACCUUCGCGUAGACGGAUCAGAACACAUAGGGGGCAGGGGGUGACUGUGACACUUUCCCAUUCCACGGGGAAUAUAUCCUCACUGCCUGACAGCUCAGAUGCAAUGUUUACUGCCUCAGUGGGCUCCCGCCUGCGCUCCCGAAGCCUCCCACGAGAAGGAGGGCAACUAGCGGACGAAGAUCACAAUGACAGUGAUGACAAUGAUGAUGAGGAAGAACUUUCCCCGUUUGAGGCUGAGGAUUUCCUACCAGUCCCAGGGGAACAUAUUCUAAAAGAUGAUGAAGAAAGUACUGAUGAUCAAGCAGUCCAAGAAAGCCAGCAUGCUGGAGGUGCAGAGCAUGACUGGAUGGUGAGGGGUCGAUCCCGCCUGCCUCGGAAAGCUGACAUGGGCAUAUGUGAGAUUUCCUCCAGUUCUGACACAUUUAGUAGCCCCAUCCACUCAGUUUCCAAUGCUGGUGUGCUGACUAGUCAGAUGGACCACAAGGAGGAUCACCAGUCAUCAAGCGGCAACUGGAGUGGUAGUAGCUCUACAUGUCCCUCCCAAACAUCAGAGACCAUUCCACCGGCAGCCUCACCCCCACUCACCGGAUCAUCACACUGUGAUUCAGAACUGUCAUUGAAUGCAGCUACCAAUCCUAAUGAAGAUUCUACAGGCCUUGUGAUUGAUUCGUAUCCUGGAGACCGAUCGCAAGGCCUCUGUAGCCAUAGGACAGGUUCAUUCACCUCCACCGUAACUGAUAUGCUUGAUGAUGCUGGAGUCAGCAUUGCCAGUGAGUGUGAGUGGAGCUAUCCACACUACAGGCCCAACAUGCCUUGCCACCCAGACUUCAGUCCUGAGCACUCUAGGGAAGAAAACAGCCUAGAAUGUCCCAGCUUUGCUAGCAUAGCUACUUUCGAGAGUUUAACAGAUAGGCCACCUUCUGAAAAGGCUGACACUGCUUCACACUAUUCUGUAGAUGCUGAGGGCUACUAUACCUCCAUGCACUUUGACUGUGGUCUUAAAGGUAGCAAAAGCUUCACGUAUAACUAUGCAUCUGUAGACCAGCAACAGGCAGAAUAUGGACUUCAAGCAAACACACUUGGGAGACAUAGUCUCUCUCUAAGGAAACCAAAGGUGAAGCCAUCCCCACCAAAACGCAGCUCAUCCUUGAAGAAAAUAAGUAGUCAUGUUGGACCUUCUGCUGACAGGAAUGAACCAAAGAUAGCUGGUAUUCAUAACAAAUCAACGUCUUCCAAGGCCAAAACUCAGCAUAUAGGGUUAAAUGGGUCCUCAAGUCAACUGGAGAGCGAGGAGCCACUGGGGGCUUGGGGUGUUGAGAGUUCCACGGAGAUACCAGUUGUUGCUUUAUUUGGCUCCACAGAAACACAUUCUUUCAAGGAUGAGGGAGCAGUACAGUCAGACUAUGCAGACCUCUGGCUUCUUAAUGAUUUGAAAUCCAAUGAUCCUUACAGAUCGUUGUCCAAUUCUAGCACUGCUACAGGUACCACUGUCAUUGAAUGCAUUAAAUCACAGGAGAGCUCAGAAUCCCAGGCUUCCCAGUCUGCAUCCAGGGCUACCACUCCUUCACUACCAUCAGUGGAAAAUGAAUUUAGAUUGCCUUCACCAGAGAAGCUGGUAUGUCUAGCAUCACCUUCCAGUGGCUACUCAAGCCAGUCAGAAACACCAACAUCAUCUGUACCAUCGGCUUUCUUCCCAAAUGCUCACCCAAUGUCCCCCACCAGUAGCAAGAGGAAACCCAAAGUUCCAGAAAGGAAGUCCUCACUUGCUUCAUUGCAGAAGUAUUCAUCCAAGACAGACCUUGAACUACCUAUCAUACCUCCCACCCACCUUAACCUAAGUGCCCUUCCCAAUGCCAGAAAGCCUACAAUUCACAAAAAACAGACAAAUAUCCUAAAUCAGAAAAAGCAGAAGGCUACAUCAGAAACUAAGGGUGAGAGUCUGGCCAGUUCUGUUUCAAAUGAUGAGCCAGCAAUCACUAGUCCUUUGGCCAUCACACCUAAGGUACUUCGCUCUGUUCAGCUACGUUCAGUUGGCAAAUCCAGAGAUGGUAGCCAUGAUCAUCUUAGCAUUGAUACUGCCACAAGGCCUAAGUGUCCCACUGUGACUAUCAACACUUUACCAACUUACAAUAAACCCCAUGAAACAAGGAAACCCCCUCCAUAUAGAACCCUUCUCAUAGAACCACCCUCUCAGGAGAAUUGUGAAUCACUGUUAACCCCAGUAGACGAACUAGCUGCUAAGAAUAUAGCGAGCCAUUUAGGUGCAAGAAAUAGAUAUGACAGACUAGCCCCAUCACCUCUUCGAAGCAUGACUGCUUUCAGGACUCAGCCCGAGCAGGUGAACAUGGAGGAAGUCACAUCAGUCAUAUUAGAGAAUUAUGCAUGUCAAGAAGGUAAAGUUGCUGAUGAAUUGAGCACCUCAAAGAAUUUCUUUCCCCAGAACAAUCUGGAAAUAGAUAAAAACCAGCCAUUGAGAUCUUCCCUGCUUCUCACACCUGGUCAGAAUGGAAUAGCAAAGAAGUCAGACAGUCUAGACCAAGUGCCUGAUAUUAUGGAUCAAACGCUUAAAAAAUCACAAUCUUAUCCAAUCAGUGGUGCUGUUAACCAUGGAGAACAAUCUGUAACUUCGGGUGUUCCAACCAGAAGUGCCUCACUGGAAUCUGUAGAGGAAGUUUCAACACCGGACACAGAGGACUAUUUUAGCAAAGAGUCCACACCGAGCGAUUCAACUCUGUCCCCUCUAACAGAAGAAUCAAAAACUAAUGAUGAUAGUGUUUUCCUUUCACCAAGUAAAACUCGCACAACAGAGGAUCUCUUUGCCAUGAUUCACAGGUCAAAAAGAAAAAUGCUGGGUAAGAAGGAUUCCGGAGACAUGACAUUACGGAGUAAUUCAAGUGGUGUUUCUGGGAAUGGCCCUGCUAAAAAUCCUGCAACCUGUCCUAGCACCCCAACCAUGCCCACAAAUUCAACUACUCAAAUUGUGUCCCAGAGAGCCCAGGGUCAAAUUUACAGGAGUUCCAAAAAGUCUAGUACCUCGAAUGAAGAGUUCAAAUUGCUGCUGUUGAAAAAGGGAAGUCGCUCUGACUCCAGUUACCGCAUGUCAGCUACAGAGAUCCUAAAGAGUCCCAUUGCACCCAAAAGCCCUGGUGAGCUCCUGGUGGAGGGUUCCAGACCACUUGAGGAGCCACUCUCUCCUUUACAACAACCAUUUCUAGAGGGAUCACCUGAGCAAAUCCACAGCCCCUUUCCGAAAACAUAUGCCGAGGGCUUCACCUCAAAAGCUUUUUCCACAUCUGCCUCAUCUCGACAAGGCAGAUCAAGGAUGCCACCAGCUGCAAACAGUAGCCGCUACAGUACACGUAGUCGGCUGUACACAGCUCCCAUGCAGGCCAUAUCAGAAGGGGAAACAGAAAACUCAGAUGGUAGCCCACAUGACGACCGUUCCUCCUGAAAAUGCACCUUGAACUUUUAGCAGCAACUGAGUCUAGAUACAAUCUGUCAUCAAGUCAAAAUGCUGGGCACUUGGCAUACUAAAUAUUUUUAAGUAUCUGUUUUUAGACCGAUAACUAAAGAAAAACAUUCUUAUGUUGAUUUGUAGCAGUGGUAUCAUAACUAUUUUAUGUGAAUGCUUUCUUUGUGUACCAACUGACAUUUCAUUUUGGGAUUAGAAAAAUAGAAAAUUCCAUCACUUUGUAAGUAAUCACAGGGUAUCAAUACAGUGAUACAUUUUUGACACUAGCAUUUAGCAUUAUCUAGAAUGAUAAAAACAGUAUAUUGGGGGUUACUGUGAAAAUGGGUCUAGUCAGUGUUAAAAGAAGGGAAAAUCUUUCCUGUACCUUAAACAGAAACUGUUUACGGCAGACAGCUUGGGACAAUCAAAGAGUGGCCUUUUGUAUAGUUAACUGUAGCAUAAAUGGGCUGAGCAUUAAUGAGUAACAUCUCAGAUUUACUGUUAGCCUGUAACUGGAUCUUAUUGGACAAGAAUUGUAGCUGCAUUGGAUUUUCCUAAUGACCAACCAAUAGUUUGCACUUCUUUUGGUACUGAGAAUGUUUCGGAACAUUUUACAGAACAAUAAUGGCACAUCAAAAAAUUUUAAGUGACAUAUAUAUAUAUAUAUAUAUAUAUAUAUAUAUAUAUAU